AUGUCGAACACGCAAUAUGUUUCCGCCAUGUCCAUCCCUGGCCUUGAGCGCGCCAUGAUGCCCAAGCUUGUCCACCAGACCAAGAAGCCCCAAUCCAAAGUGGUCACCAACCAGCCUGCCAUGGCCUCUCAGUCGACCCUUGUCAGCCAUGGCGAUGCCACGACUCUCAAGGAUAGCGACUCCUUGUGUAAGCUCGAUGUCUCACCCCAGCGCGCCUCCUUCUUCGGACGCAUCAAGAAGCAUCUCGCAUGA